AUGGAACCUGAACAAAUUUCAGACAUAAACGAGAAUUUUAGAUCUGAAGAGACUUCAGAGAUAAUUGAUGAUCAGCAACUCAGGCAGGAUGCCGAUGUAACAUUCAUGGAACUUGAACAAAUUUUAGACGACUCAUAUGACAGUAAGGAACCUAUUUUAGAUUAA